AUGCAUUUGGCCAUGAAAAAUAUCUCUCUUUACCAGCAACUUACAAGUUUACCCUUUGAACUUCGUAGAAUUAUAUACAAAUAUGCAGGCGUAUUUACAGAAUUGAUUCAUGGUCAACUAGAAACUCCAUAUUCUGCAUCCACUUUGUCGCAGCUAUGGGCUCAAUGUUUGGCAUUCGAUGCUGUUCAUUUGGUCUCAAAACUUCCAGCAAUAACACUCACAUGGGAAUUGAUAUUUUUACAUUCCGAGAGAAUGCACAAACAUGUAUGGACAUCCAAAAGGUUAAUCUUUAACAGGUCUGCCAUAACAGGACUUACUCUUGGAGAGAAUAUGUCUCGUGCAAGACGUACUGAAUGGUUUCAUUCAGUUGAAUUGGCCACUCGAGCCAACGUCGGUGCAGCUCAUAUAUACCUCAAGACUCUUGACCUUGAUUCAUCAUGGCAAUUUUCAGAGAAAUUCAUUCUACAACAGCUUGUCAUUGCAGCUGGAAUUGGUGACCUUUUUUCAAUCGAACGUACUCUGAAUUCGGGUAUACCUCAACUAUACAUCAUUGAUGCCAUCGAACUUGCUGCAACUCAUGGCCAUCUUCCUGCAGUAAUCUUACUAUGCAAUACUCAGGCUGAAAUUAUACCUUCCAUUGCAGGUGCAGUUCAAAAUAACCACCUGGAAAUAAUCCAAUAUUUAGUACUUCAAUACCCUAAAGUCGUCCAAACGUGUCCUAUUGAAGAUUGUGUAAGACUGAAAUUCAACGAGGUUUUGAUUUGGCUUCUGGAACACACCAGAUUGACUACAAGACCUGCAUGCGAUUAUCUACAGGGUUACUGUGUGCGAUAUGGGAAUCUUGAACUUCUCAUGUACUUGCACAGUCGUAAUAUCGGCGCAUUGUUUUUGGACAACUCUUUGGAAAUGGCUGCCAAAUCUGGAUAUUUUAAAACUCUCCAGUGGGUCAAGCUGCACAUGCCUUGGAUCAAAUGGGACGCUUCAGUAAUAGAGUGUGCUGCUGCAUCUGGAAAUCUUGAUAUUAUACAAUGGUUGGUCACAUUUAUUUCAGAUACUGAUUUUGGGCGUUCGGUUGAUCUUGCUGCUAUCAAUGGUCAUAUUGAAGUGCUCCGAUUUCUGUAUGCUUCUAGCAAGCAAACAUGUCAACGCGAUACAAUUGAUAUUGCAACCAAAAAUGGACAUGCACUUGUAGUUGGGUUUCUUAUUGAUCAAGGGCAAACUUGCUCUCUUUCUGCGUAUGUUUGGACAGCAACACAUGGCCAUUUUGAAGUCAUCAAAGUUUUAUUCAAGCACACUCCGCGCAUAGACUGGUCAAUUGUUCGUACUUGCGCAAUUCAUCAAGGCCAUCAUCACAUUUCAGAUUGGUUAGAUGCGCAAUUAUGUUCCUGA